UGAAUUUCGAAUCGGUCUUGUGCAUUCGGCUCUUAUCCCAAUCUAAAGUUACCCAACUGGCUUAUCAUUUUAUAUAUGGUGGCGAAACAAUUUAUAUGAAUUAUUUUUCGCGCCGGUAUUGGAACGCAGUUCUCAUUUAUAUGUUCAAUAUUUGAUAAUUGCCCAUUUUCUGACUGUGUUUUCGUAGUAUGGCAAUGUUAUUGAGGACUAGAGGUGGUAUUGCCUUAGGCUUUAGAGUAGUUUGUGUUAUUGCGGUUACGCUUACUUUUAUCGUUAUUGGCACGUUUCAUAGUGGACAGUUGAGAUCAGAGGAGAUCAAGGAUGGAACAGAACCAAUUCCAUUAUCGACCGGAAGACAUCUCCUGACGCUCAACGACCACCAGCAGAACCAGAACGCGACCAGGAACUGCACCCCUCCUGCCAUCAACGAGUUCCCUCCUGACGGGUUCACCAGGUCGCAGAGGCAGAGAGGGUGGGCCUUCCUCCACGUCGUUUUGGCAUGCUACUGCUUCACCCUGCUGGCCAUCGUUUGCGACGAUUACUUCGUGCCAGCGAUUAAAAAAUUCUGUGAUAAUCUCAGUAUGAAGGAAGACAUAGCUGGUGCCACCUUUAUGGCAAUCGCUAGCUCUAGUCCUGAAUUAUUUAUUAACUGUGUUGGCACCUUCGUUACCGAAGGAGACUUAGGUGUAGGCACAAUUGUUGGAUCUGCAGUAUUCAAUGUAUUAGCUGUACCUGCUUGCUGUGGCCUAUUUGCGAAUAUGGUCCUGGAGGUCGAAUGGUGGCCCGUAAGCCGGGAUAGUUUGAUGUAUGGCAUUUCUGUAAUCUCGCUGAUUGCGGUGUUACAAGACGGAAAAAUCCACUUCCACGAAGCUUUGGCUCUGGUUCUGGUCUACUCGCUGUAUGUGUUUCUAAUUUGUUUCAAUAACAAACUGAGCAGGACUGCUCAUCGGAUAUUGGCAAAAUUCCAAAGGCGGAGAUACUAUGUGGAAAUUAUGAAGGAAACACACCCGCUACUUUUGCAGAAAAAUGGGAAAUACGAGGCCGUACAUGAGAUCCUUGACACGGAAUUGACUUUGGAAGACUGCGAAAAGUUUGAUGAAUCUACCAAAAUAUGGGAAUGGCCAGCAGAAGAAACUACGAAAGGACAAAUUUGGUGGGUUCUAACCUGGCCCAUUUCUCUUAUCCUCUACAUGACUAUUCCCGAUUGCAGAAAACACCCAAAAAUGUAUGUUAUCACAUUUAUAAUGUGCAUUUUCUGGAUAGGAGUAACCUCAUAUACUGUCGCCUGGUUGAUAACUAUUCUAGGAGACACGUUGAAUAUUCCGGAUUCCGUAAUGGGAUUGACAUUCCUGGCUGCUGGAACAAGUGUUCCUGAAGCAGUAUCCAGCGUAAUUGUAGCCAAACAAGGUUAUGGAACAAUGGGCCUUAGUAGUUCAAUAGGUUCCAAUACGUUCGACAUCUUGUUGUGCCUAGGAAUUCCUUGGCUGAUCAAGACCGCAUUCUAUCCCAAAGUUCCGGGACAACACUGGAUACAGAUAAAUUCAGCCGGAAUUAAUUUCAGUGCGUUCGCAUUGCUGUCGACCCUCGUGCUGUUAUAUUUAAGUAUAGCACUCAAUAAAUUUAAGCUAGAUUGGAAAGUGGGAAUUAGUUGCCUCCUGAUGUACUUAUCUUUCCUGGUCUUCGCCUCACUUCUGGAAAUGAACGUUUUCUUUCCAGUCAAUUUACCUACUUGCGAUCGGUGACAGCAGCUGAUUUCUCUUAGGUCAUUUUUUCAUUCCUUAUGAUAAGAGAAAAAUUGAACUGUACUUUAUGUAAAGGAGAAAUUGCGUCUUGAGAAUACUACAUGUGAUUUUUCGUUUAUCGUAAUUUUAAUCUUAUAAGCUUUAUAAACAAUGUUUCUUCCAUUGAGAUUUGAGAAUCUGCAGAUUCAGAUAAGGAUUCGAAUAAAACGAUUUACUGAUAU